AUGACUUUAGAUUCAGUUGAAGCUUAUCACAUUCUCCGUAAUGGAAUUACUGGUGGUCUAUCAAAUGUUCAACAUCGUGUUAAUCUUAAAGGAAUCACACACAUUAAUAAACUUUCAUAUAAUCCAGAAACUAAAACUGUAUCAAAUGAGGACACCACCAACAUUAUGACUCAUUUUGUUGGUGUUGAUUUUAAUUCAUUAUAUCCUUCAUCAUUUUCAUCUAAUCCUCAUGAUUUCAUUCAAUAUACUGACCAUAAAAUGUAUAUGCCAGGAAGAUUGAAUGGUGUUAUCAUUUGUGAUACAGCAACAAAGAAAGCAAAAGCACUGGGAAUUAUUAGAAAGAAAAAUACUUUAUUCGUGGCUGAAGUAAAGGGUCACAUUGAUGAAAAAUACAUUAAUGAUUACAUAAACUUUUUACCGAUAAUAAGAAACUUAGAUAUUAUCACAGAUGAAAAAACAAUUGGUAGUUUUAUGUAUAAUUACAUGAAAUCAAACAAUCUACCAGUUGACCAGAAACAGAGAAAAUUAACUCAGUUAGCAUCAACACACAACCAAUAUCAACCAUUUUCUUCUUAUUAUCUUUGGUAUCUAAUCGAUAGAUUUCAUUUUAUCAUUGAUGAUAUUCAAUCAAUUUUAACAUUUACUAAAAACACUUGUUUUAAUGAAUUUGCGAACGAAUUUAUGAAUGAAAGACAAAAGGCUGAAUUAGAAGGAAAUAAAGGAAAAAGUUUAUUUUGCAAGAUUUCACUUAAUGGAUCAUAUGGUUACGAUGCAAUGAAUACACAAAAUUACACAAAGACUAAAAUAAUGAAUGCACAGAAGGCAUGCGUUGCAUGUAUGUCAAAUAAGUUUAAAAACAUAAGAGAAAUAGGUGAGGAUACAUAUCAAGUGAUGCUCAAAGAUAGAUUUUAUAGAUGUGAUACAUGUUUACAAGAGGCAUUCUUCACUUUAGAUAACGCAAAAUACUGGUAUUUGGUUUUCAUUUAUGAUUUUAUGUAUAAAUGCUUGAAUGUUAAUCGUUUUCAUUUCAUUGAAGGUGAUACUGAUUCAUCUUAUUGGGCAAUCGCUGGCGACCCAAAUCUUCCUAACACUCAAGCAUUUCAAGCAAUUGUUACCGAUAAACAAUUUUAUGAUAAAAACAUUUUCAAAUUCGCACCAUUUGAUUUCUUCUGUUUUGAUGAGAAAUUUAAACCUAAAUUAAAGAAUAAAGCUGAAGAAAAAGCACAUGAGAAGAAGUUAUUGGGUUUAGCAAUUGAGAAACAAGGUGAUAACAUGGUUGCUUUAUGCCCUAAGUGUUAUACAUCAUUCAACGGUUCAAUUGAUGGAAGUGAUUUUAAAAAGAUUGCACAAAAAAUGAAAGGAGUUA